AUGCAUUCCUCCAAGGUACUACGAGUCCUCAUCGUUGGCCUCCUGACGUCUCUCUUCCAAGUCUGCAGUGCACAGAAUGUGGGUAUUGAGACUACUCCCAUUUUCAAGAACUCGCAAUGCAGUGCGGAACAAGAGCGUAUCAUCCGUCAAGCGUGGUUGGAUGGCGUAAUGCUCGCUAAUGCGGCCUUUGACGAUAGCGACGAACUCCUUCCGAAUACCGGCGGCGGACACAGGAUCAUAAACUUCGAUACUCAAGCGGCAAUUGAAUAUUGGGGUCCACCGAGCGAAAACCUUGGGUACCGGCAGCGGAUCUACGAUACUUUUCACCGCGCCACUCAAGCGUCAUGGGGGCGGGGUUGGGCCGACUGGUGGUUUGAACGCUAUAUCGAAAUGCACUGCGACGAUCCGGAGCCGAAACAGUGCGACGAUUCAACUUCUGCUUACUACAUGCCCACGAAAAAAGGUUCGUGGUCAUACGACGGUAUCAACUUUUGUCCUGCCUUUUUCUCCACUCUCAAGGACCACGCGGAAUUGGAGAAGCGUAUCCUCGCUGACCCGACUGGCCAAUUAAGGCUAAACACCAGGAAUAUGCGAAGCAGAGGUUACGACACCAAGCAAAUGAUAGGCGGCAAGGCAAUCUUCACGUACAAGUCUGGCCGCGCAAAACUACUGGCGGCGAGGGACGUUCAGGCUGCGGCCGAAACCAACGACAACUAUGUCUAUUUUGCCAUCGCGCGGUACAUGCAAAAGAAGUUUGGGGUCUACCCCGCGUAUCCACGCAUAUGGAGUCCUGCGAAAACGAAGGGAGAGAACCAGGCGAUUGAGAACGGCGAACCGGGCGCCCCAAGCCGUUACAAUAUGGCGUUUGAGUUGGAAGAUGUCGACCUCGAUGGCGGCGCCGGCGAAGCGAUUUCAGAUAAGCAGUACAAGACGUCGAUCUACCCGGAGUGGUACCAACAAGACUCGCCCGUUGAGCCUGACUUUGGUAGGCUCGCCUUCUCCCAUCCCAAUAUAGACGACGUUGUUUGCCAGACCACGAGCGAGUCUGCGCAGUACGAUGAUUGUGUAGCCGCUUUUGCGACGCUGGAGGGUCUCGAUCGGAACAAGGUGCAGCUGGUUCACAAAAGGCCCGGCGAAAGGUGGUGGGCGAAUGUGGUUACGACGUGUGCGGUCCAAGUCCACUACAAGGGCGACUGGUCAAAGUGCGAGGCUUCGCUGUCGGAUGUAUGGGCUCACGCCAAGGAUGUCUUUGAGGGCUGCCAUGGCGAGUAUGGGACGGUGGGUGGCUAUGUUCCGUUCGGUGUGCCAAAUUGCCCUGCGACAAUUGAUCUCGUAUCUAGUCGUCAGUGGCGCAAUCCGGAUCCGUUCUAG